AAAUCAAAACUUUGUACCAGCGAAAAUUUAUAUCUUGUACAAUUUUGCAACGGUGAUCUAUAUUUUUGGAGGAAUAGGACAUGUUUUAGGUUAUAUUUCACUCUUAAGAUUACUGCCUUGACAGAUGUAAGGAAACAGAAAGUCACAGAUGAUGUUACUUAUAGAUUAUGCCAAGGACAUACAUGUACUCCUACUUGGACUAUAAUCAGAGACCCUUCAAGGAGUUGCCAUCCGUGUUUCUUUAUUUACCUGUGAUCUGGCUUUAAAGGUUUCUCUCCCGUCUGAGCUGAAGAUAGAUCGGGAGGGGAGGGGUUCAACAUGGACUCCGUCCCAGAGGUCACACCCAUGAGGAGCUAUAACUUCAGGAAGGCCAAACUGAACUCCUCUGUAGCUUGGCUCCUUACCAAAGCAUACAGUGAUAGAGAGGAACCUCCAGCCGAUCUACUUGAUCCCCUUUAUCAAGACGAUGGUGAAGACCAUGUCAAACCAUCGGUCAUCUACCAGCUAGCAUCAGGAGAGUUGUACAGUCGAGUGUGCUCCAACAUCUUUCCUCCUACUAUCCAUCCAUGGGAUGGGCAUGUAGCCAUCAUCCAAGGCUUCUCAAGGAGGGGCAUCUAUGUGGUGGAUGAUCGUAACCAACCAGUCACAGAAUCUAUACUCUCACAGACUCAGAAGAUCAAACUGUGUGUAUCUAUCCCUCGGACAUUUAACAUAUUGAAUGCCCAUGUAGGAAUGAUGGAUGCAAUCAUGAAGGCUUAUGUCAAUGAGACGAUCUCCAUUGAAAGCGUCGUACAGGCUGUCAGGAAAUUUACCACAUUCAAUGCGUCGAGUGACCUGCCCUUUGACCUGGAGGAUGCACUUCACUUCUGGAUCACCAAGGUGUGUUUAGCUGUGGAACACCAGGUGGAUAGAGAUAGAAAGGCACACCAGGCUAACAUCAUGCAGUCAGCAGCACCCGCUAUCCGGGUGAAGAGGGACCAGGUGCAGCCAAAGGAGAUGCUACACUUCCCCAAGAUGAACGACAUGAUGAAGGAUCUAUCAGAUGGAUGUUGCCUAGCAACCAUUAUCCAUCACUACUAUCCUCACCUUCUCUCAUUAGAAGAUGUGACUCUGCAUGAGUCGAUGUCCCUUGCCGACUCACUGCACAAUCUUCAGGUGGUAACGUCAUUUUUCCAGCGUAAUCUACCGCACCUCCUUCACUUCACGUUAGAAGAUCUACUCUACUGCCACGACUCCAUGAAAUCCAACAUCCUGGCGUUGGUUGCAGAGAUGUUCUGGUGCUUCGAGGUGGAGAAACCAAGCCAUCUAGAAGCUAAUCAAGUUGCCCAGACUUUUUGGUGUUUCCAAGCCCAACCAGCUGGCCUUGCUGGUUUAGGAGGGAUUCAGUCAUCUGCAUUCACACAGAUGAACUCUCCGAUGAGCAUGGCAGCAAGGCCCCCUCUUCCUAUCAGUGAUGCAACCAAGAGAAGCUUUCAUGCACAGUCACCCAAGACAGAUAUGCAGAGUGUGGAUCUCACCAAAGUACCAUCAAGUCCAAACAGUCAGAGGAGGCUGUUGAACCGCCAGCAACAGGAGAGAAGUUCCAUCUUUGGCGAGAGCCCAGGAGACGAGAACGCUUCACCCAGCGAGUUCCCGACCAGAUCCCUGCAGCGCUCCACGUCAAGGGAGAAGCAACACCCCGGAUCACAAUCCAUCCUGGCCUGGGAGGAGAAAGAACAGCAGGAGAACAGGACUCCUCAAAACACUGCAACCUUUACCAGACCAAGAAGAUUACAAGAAUCUCCAACAACAGUGAACAUGAUGUCUAGCCGAGCAGGCAGUCUCCUUGCUAAUGUGAGCAUCGAUAGUGACAUGAAUGAGAGCCAAGACUUCUCAGGUCUAGACAUUGAGAUCAAUCCCCUCCCAGAGAGAAUGGGUUCUCCAAACUCACAGGGAAGUUAUCAAUCAGGACAGCAGCAGGGUCAGGACAGGUUAAUGACCUUGACCCAGCAACGACCUGUGACCUCGGAGGGUCAGGUCGAGAGUGAGGACUUGGAAGUCGAGAGUUUGACAUCGUCAAGGAUGUCGCAGCAACAGGGAGGGUUUGGUGAUCCCAAGGUUUCGUACAACCCCAUGCUCACCCACAGAACUGAUCCUGUUAUGAAUGGUGUCAACGGAAGUCAGGGAGCAGUGUCUAGUCCUGGGACCUUCAGAGGUAGUCAGAGAGAACAUUUAGAUAGUGCUAUGAGCCCAGCGUCGGAAAAUGGCGGUAUGGAUUCUACAAUGUCUAGGAAGAAUCUGAAGCUGGAUGUCCAUCCUGUUGAUAUUCUAGGCUCUCCUCGGGGUCCGACCAAUGAGUUUAUGCCUGCGAUGGUACGACCAUUGAAAGAGAAAUCGCAUCAGAUUAGGAAGACGGAUGAAAGGGGAGAUCAUAUGAGGCAUCGCAACAAGCACAGGUCAGGUGAUCCUAGAAUGAAUGCUGCUUCUCAACAGUAUCAUGACCAAGGAAGUGAUUCAUCGGAGAGUGUGGAUGCAACGACACCCCUGAGUGGAGAGAGCAUUGCUGAUUCCUUGGCAGGGGAUCUUGCUCUGCAAAGGGCUCGCAUUGCUAGAGGAGCCGGGGCUGGUGGCUUCAUGUUGGCUCCUGCUGCUCAGAGUAACCAGCCUCAAGUAGCAAAAGGUAAACAUGGUGAAGCAUUCUUUAUAAGUGGGAGCGAACAACUACUUCAAGAUGAUGAUCACCACAGCUGUAGUGCUCCCUCAGGAAACAGGAGCUUCACUAUAGCAGAAGGAGCCAUGACAGUUGAUGAUGCGAAGGAGGCUGGAAUUCCAGUGGUAUCGGCAUCCAGGUCUAUGCAAGGUUUGAGUGAGCAUGGUUUCCGCAUGAGACCAGAUGGAAUGACGAGCAGUCAGUCUGACCAAGAGAUCUACCAGCCGCACCCUCAACAUUCCCACUCCUUCCAGAACCCAGUCUCUUCAGCCGCUGCACCUUCAUCCUUGCCAUAUUCCAUGCAUGACUCUUAUUCCAACCCUCAUAAUCCUCACCAGUAUCAACCUAAUCCACAGUUCAAUCCCCAAUCCUCUAACCCCCAGCAUGCUAAUCCUCACCAUGGUAAUCCUCAUUCCAACCCCCAUGGUAAUCCUCACCAUGACUUUCGCACCCACUCCCCGCACCAUCACGUUUCUCAGCCUAACCCAUACGGCCAGCAAGUCGACCCAGAGGCCUAUGAUCAACGUGGUGUCUCUACUUGGGGACACCAUCAGCAGCAGCAACAGCAACAGUUUCAUCCUCACAACACUAAUCCAGGUAUGUCACAAUCCUUUACUAAUCAUUCUAACACUCCUACUAAUCCAGACGUAGAGUCCCCCAAGCUGACGGCAGAGGCAGUCCAGUCUGAACAUCAAGAUAAGAGACCUGUUGCUAUGGAUUUCUUCCAUGAUCUUAGUCCUGUCCAGAAAGAAAAUGGAUAUAGUCCUAGGGUGGAGAGAGAUACGCCUGUCAAUUUGUCACAUACCGGUGCCAUACUAACACAAGAUCAUGUUAACCAUCCCAGUCCUGUUCAGUCACAACCGGUUGUAGAUCAAAGGUCUGGUUCAGUUAGACCUCCAGUUCAUGAUAUUCCCAAUAUCGAACCUCGUAAUUCAAUUGCACAGAACAGAAGUAGUUAUACUAACCCACACACAUUUGCAACAGAUGUAGCAAAUUUCCAAUCUAACCAGUCUGCUUUCAGGGAACCUCCUAACCAUUCUCUGACCACAUGGUCUGCUAAACCUAAACAUUCACCUAACACUGAAUUUCCAACCACUCCCACUUCUUCUGUAACACCGAUUAACACAGGUGCAGCAGGCAAUGGAUAUCAUAUCAGUUCUGGAGACACGGCAAAGCCUAGAGAUGGAAGUGUAUCUUCAUCGGAGUUGACACAUGUACGACUCCGGCUAGAAGAGAAAAGAAGAUUGAUGGAUUAUGAGAGGCACAAGCUUGAGCGCACAUGGAAUAAGCAGAGGCAACGAGUUGGGAAGGCUGCUUUCCUGCAAGUGUUGGCCAACAAAAAACAGGAGAAAGAAGCCAACGGUGAAGGUCACUUAAGAUCAGAACAUCAAAGGAAUAUAGACAAUGCUCACCGACCACAAGGGUUGACAACGUUUGCAGCCCUCAGUGCCAAUCGUGAGAAGCCAACUCUGCAAGAACUUCCCAUAUCGGAACAAGAACAACACCAGCACACCAUCCAGGAAAAACAAUUGACACAGGCAUACUUCCUGGCACAGCAGAACCAAAUGUCCCAACAGCAAGGUCAGAGAACUCCUCUUAACCAACCUCCGCCACAGGCAGAACAUCGCGCUCAGCAGCCCAGCCCGAGCCACAUUGACCAGGUACAGAUGGCUGAAGGUGGACGAAGGUCCAAUGAGAGUCCAAGAUCUGGCAGGGAUUCUGAUAGUCCACGUAUGAGAUCGGAAUCACCAGGUCCCAGGAGAACUGAGAGUCCAGGAGGAUCCAGUUCGGGGUCUCACUCACCGCACCUUACCCAGGAAGAGUAUAACACUUCUCUGGAGAAGCUUAAUGCUAAUCUAUCCCAGCUCCAGAACCAGAUUAUGAGGUUAUCCUUACAGCAAGAUGAAAUCAAGAAAGGCAUGCAUGAAUCUCCUAGACAGGUUCAAGAUUCACCAAGACAGGUUCAAGAUUCACCGAGACAGGUUCAGGAAUCACCGAGACAAAUGGGACAAGAAGAACAUGGUGAUUAUCGAGAUAGCCCAGAGCACAGAGAUGUUCUAAGAGCUCCAUCACAACCUCAACAGGACACUGCUGGUCAAAUGACAGGGUUCUACAUUGAUAGUGGGGAGCAAAGGCCUUCAGAACAAGAUCCCUAUGUCCUGGAGGAAAAUCCUGCAUUCAAUAUACCACAGGGACAACAAAGAAUUAGUCCCCAAGAAAUGCAGCAUAUGCAACAGUCACCCCAAGGAUUCUCCUUAUCACAGCAUAACCAACCAACAGACAAUUUUAAUGAAAAGCAAACGGCCAAUGCUCAAAGAUUAUCAGACGUCACGUAUGUAAAGUCAGAGAUGAACGAUAACAAGUAUAUUAUUCCAGACCAUCUUGAACAGGAUGAUGUUGUUGCGAAUGUACACAUGGAAAGAACAUACAGUGGUCAUAAUCUGAAUUUAGAAAAUGAGAAUCAGUCACAACUCAAGCACAUGUCAGCUGAAGAAGAAGUUCAUUCACCUCCAGCGAAUCAGAAGAAAGGUCAGCCUAUCAUGGCCUUUGACAUUGAUUUUGGAUCUCCUAAGCAACCUCGAGCUCCUCCAGCUAACCAGAGAAAGAAGGAAGCACCACCAAAGAAAGUUCAGGAGAAGAAAACGUCGCCUCCGAGGACUCCUGUCAAGAAGCAGGCUCCUCCAUCUGUUUAUGAAAUCGUAGGUGAAGGGGAAGAAGACGUUCUUGUUCAAAGUGACAUGGUAGUGCGCCCUCUAGAGCCUUUGAAUAUGAGCAAGGAUGAUGAUGCCGCUGAUACUAGUGGGAUGGCUGCAGGGUUUAUCAUCGGAGAGGAUGACAAGGCUCAGGAUGAGUUGGCAAAGAAAAAGGAGAUGUUCCUGAAGGCUCGUCUAAAGAGAGAAGAGGAAGCUAAGGUCAAGAAAGCAUCCAGAGAGGCUGAAGCAGAGAGGAAGAGGGAGGAGCUUAGGAAAAAGCAAGAGGAAGCUGAGAUGAAGAAGGCAGAGCAAGCAGCCAGGAGAGAACAGAUUAGACAGGAAUACCAGAGAAAGAAACAGGCAGAAUUGGAUCCUGACAGUGUGCCACCACCCCCAAGAAAGCAGAAGUCAUCCCGACCCCGCCCCAAGUCACAGAUGGUUACAUCAGACAAGGGACCAACACACAGUCAUGGCUAUACUGCUCUGGAUGGUGCCUCAGACAUCGGACUCAGUGUACAGAAGAAGUCUUAUACCAUACAGUCAUCGGCCGAAGGGGAAGCCCCUGUAGCAGGUGCUACAGCAGGUGCCACAGCACCCCAGCCCCAGGGCUCUGAGAAUCAAUCAAAAGCUCCAGCUCCUUCACAACAAGGAGACGCACCCCAUCCCCCGCCCCAACCCGCACCCCAGGGGGCUGUUGCGGCCCCUCCCCAAUCAUCAUCAACAACACCCCCAUCUACAGCAUCUCCCGCACCAGCCGACCAAGGGGCCAAAAAGUCCCCCUCCUCUGUACGGCGCAUCCCAGAGGCUGUCAAACGCAGACCCCCUUCCCCCAGACCAAGGUCUAACACCCUACCCGGUAAUCUGUCACCGAUGCGCUCCCCAGAGAAACCUAUUUCUCACAACCUCCCUCAGAUUCAAUCCCCUGAAUCAGGGGCUGUUGUGGUGUCACCACAAGAGGGAGCUGUUGCCAAUGUUUCUCCGAGCGUAGCAUCCCAGGAGAGCAGUGGCUCCGGUGGAAGUCAGGCGGCUGAUUAUGCUGGUCCCAAGCUGUUUGUGAAACCAACCAGUAAGUCCAAUCGUCACAUCAUCAUCAAUGCUAUCUCUCACUGCAUCUUGGCAGGAGUCGUCAAUGAGAAAACCAAAGACAAAGUUCUACAGGAAAUUGCCAAGGCAGACCAGAAGCAUUUCAUGAUCUUGUUCCGUGAUCACAGCCUUCAGUUCCGAUCCCUCUAUAGCUUCACUCCAGAGUCCGAGGAACUGACCAAGGUCUAUGGUACAGGUCCGAGGCAUAUCACCAAUAAGAUGACCGACACUCUCUACAAAUACAACUCUGGUGGGAAGCAUUUUGCCAAGGUUCCAUCCAAGUCCCUGUCAGUGCAGAUUGACGGUGUCACAAUCAGCAGUGCCUUCUGGCAGUCCAAGAGAGCAGUCGCCACAAAGAAAUAGUAGUACAGGUCAGGUCAAGGGUUCAAAGGUCAAAAGGUCAAGUAGUGUCGCCAUCCAGAACUAUCAUCGGUAUGUGACUUGUCAGAGGUGAAAGAUUGGCAUUAUAUUUAAUGAAACUGAGAGAUUUAAGUAUGAUGAUUGAAUUUUUAUGAUGUUAAGUGGGUCAGAGGUUAAAGGUUAAAGGUCAGGUGAUCUUAAGUGAAUACCUCCAUGAUUCUUUUUUCCACAUGUAGUUGUAAUCAACUAAUUCAUGCAUGGCUGCCAUAUUCAACUCAUAGUUUAUGAUGGACUAGACUUAGUCCAGUAUCACAGUCACGUGCCAUACACGUGCAGAUAAAUCUGCGGAGGUCGUCUUGAUGAGGUCAGUUGUCGUCAUGGCAAUGGUACUGGAGUGAGAUAAUGUAUGUAUGGCUUCUUGUGAUACAUUAAGAUUCACAGUGUAUGAAAUAUUGAAUGGCAUCCUAGACUCUUUGUCUGAGUGAAACCAUAUGAAGACAAUUAAAUGUGGUUAUCAACAUUCAAGUAACCUUGUCUCUUUGCUAGGCUUCAUGAAAUGAAUACUUUGUACGAAUCACAUGAUGUGUUCAGAUCUGUAGUGUAUGGUAUAGUAUGGUUUCAUCGCUCGAGCGAUACUACAUCUACAAGGCAAUGUUGAAUGUUUGUUAAUAACAAGCAUUUGUGGCUAUGUGUACAGGCUACGCUGUAUUGAAAUGCUUGCAAAAUGAUAAACACUGGGUACAAAUUAUGUGCUGAACAUACAUUUCUUUAUUUGAUUUACUAGUAAUCAUUAUUGAUUGGCAAUAUCGAUCACAUUCUUGAUUCGUUGACAACAAAUAUGGAAUAUGUCUUUAUUUGGAUGCAGUUACAUUAUAUGAUACCAAACUGCUUUUAACCAUGUGCAAUUAAUGUGUUGAAUGUGAAACACAUCUACUAUAGCUUGUAUAUAGCUAAAUGUCUCUCUUUCUCUUUUCACUGUGAAAUAUUUACAAACCUAUUUAUUACCAGCAACAUAUGCACAGAGUUCAAAUCAAUUUUCAUUUACGUUACUACUUAUGGUGGUUUGGCAACAACAAACAUGUUGAAUAUAACCUAUAAUGUUUAUCAUAAUGAUAUGUAGGAGCAAAACACACUCUGCCUUUUGAGUGAUGGAUUAAUAGAAAGCAGAUUUUUCUUUUCGUCACAAGUGGAAAUAACUUUUGUACUUACAUGCUCAGUAAUGCUGUAAUCUUUUUUUUUGGAUAUACUGUGUAUUUGCUUUUAUCAUAUGUUCUCUUCAUUUCAUUUUAUGUCAUGCACAAAUUUAGAAGUAGGCAAGAAGCAAAAUCUUAACAUUAAUUUUGGAUGAUUAAGAGCUCUCAUACUGACAAAGUGAAAAAAUGUAUUAGGAAGAUAAAAGACAAUGUAUAUUCAAUAUUUUGCCAUGGUACCAAUGUUUCUUCACCCUUUUGGUAUUAUUCGAAGUUCUGUGUUAUAAAGGACCAUUCAAAAAGAUAUCUCCAAGGACUUUAAAAGUAAGUUAUAUUCUUGUCCCAUGUAGAUGAUGAGAAUAUUCAUAUUAUUGAUAGGUGUAUUGUGAACUACACUAUGGCUUUGAUACCCAUGCUUUUUCUUUCAAUUUACUGUUUCUUAUGACUUAUUGACUUUUCAUUGUUUUGUAAUCAUGCUUGCUUUUGCAGCUAAUUAGAUUCCUUUGUGCCUUGUUUUUGUCCUAUUGAUAUUGAUGCACACAGACCCUAAUUGGGGGGAGACAGUAUAUUGUAGUGAAUGUAAUGAAUUUCAAAAACAGCCAUUCAUCCUGUGAAUGCGUACCCUAAUUUUAUUGCUAAAUUUUUCAAAUAAUAUAAUUAACUUUAUGAUGUAAUCCUUCAUUUUCACGUGUUGUGAUAACAAAUUUCAUGCGCAUUUUAUAUCUCAAAAUGACUUAAAGGUAAACACACUAUUGCGCUGACCCCCUCAAAUGUUUAUAGUCCUUUAGUUUGCAGUGCAAUUUAAUAUGUUUUUUUCUCUGCAACACUGUUUUCUUUAUUCUGUUUGUUAUCAAUUGUAGAGGUGUAGUUUUAACAUAUUGGGCUGAUUUUGGUCAGCUAAACUUAUAAGGAUUCAUUCUGCAUGAAGAUAUGUGAUGUACAUUAUUUGGGUGAAAUGUUCUGAACUUAUUUAUUCAUGCACUUUUUGUUCCUAACACUGCAUGGCCUACAUUGUAUACUUAAGGUUGAAGGACAUUUCUUCACGUCAUUGUGGAAAUACAUUGCACUGAGAAGGUUACUAAUUUUGAGGUCCCUCUUGAAUUCAUUCAUUUUGGAUGGCAAUUGACAAGACAAGGAAAAUGGGAUAUCUUUCUUUUUCUUGUGACUUUUUGGAAUUAAUUGAAUGAUUCUAGUAGAGAUAUUUUGUUUUUAUUAAUGGGUGUAUGUAAUAAUAACCAACCAAUCUAGUCAAUAGACGAUCUUCACUUUAUUUUUUACACAAAAAUACUGAUUGACAAUAGAGGAGCAUUUAUUUAUUUUUUAUUUGUAAUGUAGAAGCAAUAUACUUGUUUAAUUAUAUGUUAUUUUGCUGGUGUGUCUAUCAUUAGUUUACUAGAAAGCUAGUUUGUUCAUGGGCUUCCAUUUAUUUAUUUUUGCUUGCAAAAUGAUCAAGUGUGUUAUUUUCUGAGAAUUAUUUUUACGUAGCAAAAAUUCAUCUUGUGUUUCAUUAUUGCAUUUCAUUAUUGGAAUGAUUGCAUAAUAUGAAGUGUGUGGAUAGCUGUUUUUAAUGUGGAAACUGCUCCAGAUGAGAAAACUCCUAGUUCUUUUACUUUCUCCUCUUUCCCAUUUCUGUCUUUUCUUCUUCUCCCCAUCAUUGCUAUUUUUACAUCUUAGUUAUGUCUUUUCUUUUCCUCUCGGCACUUUUUCAUACAUGUUGGUAAUUUCUUCCGCCCCCCCCCCCCCCCCCACCCUUCUCCUUCUCUAUCUCUAAUUCUUUCUCUCUGGCAUUCUUUACCUAAUUGAUUACAUCUGUAAGGGUUCAGAAAUGUAAUUACUGCCUGGCCCUUUUAGAAGGUUUUCAUGCAGUAGAACUUUUCCAUGCUGAAAAUAUCUUACUUUUUUGUUCAUCUGAAACAUGAAUGAAAUAUCUGUGCAACGUCAGUGAU